UCUGUCUUUCUGACAUAAAUAGUAAACAUAGAGACAUCAUAGUGUAUAUGGCUACGAUUCCUAUUUGUGAGUUUAGUGAUACGAGCUGUGGAACAUUCUGUGAAUUCUAUUACGACCUUUGGUCUGUGUGCGGUGCGGCAGCAGACUUAUAAAACGUCAGUCAAGCUUUUAUGUCCUUCCUGGGCUUCCGUUCCGUAUGAGUCAGAAGAAAGGUUUACGUUUUCCUCCCAGCUCUCUCGUCCUUUUAAGGCAAAAACACAAUGACAACUUGUGCCGAGUUCUGCUCCAUCUUUGAUUUAAGCUCAAAGGAAGAGAUUUUUGGCCUGAAAGAGGUGAACCACGACUUCAAGGAGUCUUUCAGAACCGACUGUUUGGAGGAUAAAAGCCCAGAGGAUGUCCAUUUGCUCAGAGAGGUGUCAGACAAAAUGGUCUGCUCAGCCUGCAGAUGUGCCUUUGUCAACCGUGAGGAACAGAAGGAGCACUACAAGCUUGACUGGCAUCGGUUUAACUUGAGGCAAAAAGUGUCAGGAUUAAAUCCCCUCACGGCCGAGGAGUUUGAGAAGAAGACUGGAGCUGGAGAUUUGUCAAGUAUCUCAGGCUCAGAGUCUGAUUCGGAGGAAGAGGACUUUGCCUGCAAAAGUGGGGAAACAAGGAAUAAUGAUGUCGGCACAGAUGACGAGAGCUCAGCGAUGACUGGUCGACUCUCCAGCAAGGUGGUGUUCCAGAACUCUGCAGGAGCGUAUCUAAUGGUCUAUCAAGCAGCAUUGAUGGGAAAGACAAAAGAAGAGGUAGAUGCAGUUUUCUCCAUGAAGUCCAUAAGUCAGAAGACUGUGUGGGUCAUUCUUGUGACUGGGGGAGGACACUUUGCUGGUGCUGUGUUUGAAGGAAAAGAAGUCCUUCAUCACAAGACUUUCCACCGAUACACGGUCCGAGCAAAGAGAGGCACGACUCAAGGUCUCAGAGAUUCUCAGAGCCGCGUGACGGCAAAAUCUGCAGGAGCAACUCUGCGGCGGUACAACGAAGCCGCCCUCGUUAAGGACAUUCAAGAUCUUCUGGUUACCUGGGCUGAACACCUGGACAAGGCUUCUGCAAUAUUUGUGCGAGCCCCUAGCUACAACAAGACCAUCUUCUUCGGUGGUCGUGGAGCUCCUUUGGGGAAAAAAGAUCCCCGAAUUCGUUCCAUCCCUUUCGCCACGCGCAGAGCCACGUUCCGAGAGGUGCAGCGCAUACACCAGGUCCUCUCCACCGUUCACGUGUAUGGGAAAGAAACAGACAUGUCUUCUGUGGUGAGUCCGUCGAAUAAGAGGGUGUGGAAAAGAACUGUGAAACCUGCAGCCCAAAAAAUCCCAGAGCAGGAGGCAGAUUUACUGCAGCCUCCACCAGAAGAAGGUCCUGAAAGCUCAGACGACGGAGGGGAGAUCCAGUUGGAAAUGGUGGAGCUCACUCUAGGAACUCUGGACCUCAGGGAGAAUGAGAUCUAUCCCUCCAGGCACAGGAAGAGGAAGAGGAGAAAGAAGGAGGGAAAACAGCUAAAAGAAGAAAAAAGUAACACGGAAGCAGAAAAUCAGGAGAAGGAAGAGCACGAGGCGACAACCGUAGAAGAAAACACUCAAUCCUCAACAAAGAGGAAGACGAAAGCACAGAGUAAAAAACAAGAUGACGUUGAGUCACGCGAAUAUGGGCUGAGGGAUGCACUGUUUACAGCGUGCAAAGUUGGCGAUGUGGGUGCUCUGUCUAGUCUCCUCCAGCUGCCUCAGGAAAUGCCAGAUAGUUGUGAAGAGCUGGAGAGCAACCCUUCUCUGGUUCUGCAUCCUGUAAGCCUCCUGACCAAGCCAGUAGACUCAUCUGGGUUCACCUUGCUGCACGUCGCUGCAGCAGCUGCACAAAAAGCUGUUGUCAGGCUGCUUCUAGAUGCAGGAGCAGACCCAGCCUGCAGGGACAAGAAAGGCCAGACACCAUACACUGUCACCCCCGAUAAGGAAACGAGGAACAUCUUCCGUAAAUACAUGGGUGAGAAUCCUGAUAAGUACGACUACAGCAGGGCUCAGAUCCCGGGUCCACUAAUGGAAGAGAUCGAAUCCAAGAAAGCUGAAAAGAAAAAAGCCCAAAAGGCUCAGAGGAAACUGCGUGAAAAAGAGCAAAAAGAGAAGAAAAAGCAGGAGUUAGAGGAAGAAGAAGAAAGAAGGAGAUUUGCAUCACUGACGGAUCGAGAAAAGAGAGCUUUGGCAGCAGAAAGGAGGCUGGCAGAGCAAGCAGCUGCAACAGGAGUCGGUCUCUCUAACGUCAAGAGGUGUUGGAUGUGUGGUGAGUCUCUACUUGGGAAGAUCCCGUUUCACUGUCUCGAGUAUGCAUUCUGCUCCCCGCGCUGCGUUCAAGCGCAUCGAAAAGCAAACGUUCCCUCGGGCAAAACCUGACACUUAAAAAAGCUUCUGAUUGGAAGGAGACUCGCUCAUUAAAACUACUGCAGCAUUUUGGCGGUUUGAAGCUCUUGAUUUUAGGUCGGAAAAAGUAUAUUUCAAAAUUAUUUUUGUUGUAUUUUCUGCAGCAUUUUGGAUGAAUUAUGUAUCAAAAUGCAAUAAAACAAGUUUACAAGAAA